CACGUCCCCAAUGCGGCUUCAUUUCCGUUUGUUCGCGCGAUCUGAGGGCCUCGCGUGGGGAGGGCAGCGUCCGGUGGAGGAACUUGGCCCGGCUCCCGUUGGGCGGGCGAACCCGAAAUCGGGGCUUGGACCCCAGGCGCCAGAUCCUGGAUCCUGAACAGCACCUUCUGUUGAGAGUCCAGAAGAGGAAAAGAUGGCUGUUAUACAUUCAGAAGCAAAGUCCAAGAGAUCAGUGAUGUUCAGGGAUGUUGCCAUUGACUUCUCUCAGGAAGAGUGGGAAUGCCUGGACUCUGCUCAAAGGGAUUUGUAUAGAGAUGUGAUGUUGGAGAACUAUAGUAACUUGGUGUCACUAGUAGGCUUUAUGAAGUUAUUGGUUGGUACACUGCCUUUGAGAACCCAAGUCUUGUGGAAAAGAGACUUCUGACUUGAGAAGAAAAGCAAGGGCUUUUCAGCACAAUAUCUCUAAGGAAUCCCACCUAAUCCCUACUCUUCUCUCUUUUGGCCUCUUAUGAU